AUGGAAGUCGAGUGUAUGAGAGCCUGCAUGAGAAAGCUCGCAAUUUGGUAUACCCCCAAUUUCAAGCCUAUCACUACUCAUGAUGAGCUUGACCACAUCUUGUCUACUCUCGGAUUCAUCCCUCUACCACCUAUUUCCACCACCAUCACCGCCACCGCCACCGCCUGGAAAGAGUACUGCUUUACAGCCGCCGGAGCUUUUCUCUCCAAAUCCCCGUCUCCUCCUCCUCGCCCUCGCCUUCCAUAUCCCAGAAUCGACGGCUUGCAUGUCAACACUUAUCGUGCCUUUCUGGAUGCCAUCAAUUUUUACCUUCAUAUGAACAACAUCUCCGAUCUUUUCCAUAUUCGGGGAAUGCCGCUGCAACAUGGUCAUGACAGGAGCCAGAAAUGGUGUCGAAUGGUUGGAGACGACUUGGUAUAUGUGUACAGAGAGGGAACCAUGGAGUUGCCAGCGGCAUACAGUUGCUGUCAGGUAAACAAGAAUGCGAAAAGCAGCAAGGAUCAGAAUCCGGUUUUACGCAUUGUUCCAUGGAAAAGCAUCAUAGACAGGAUAAUAUAG